AUGCGAAAAGGAAGCUGCGUCUUCGUUCUGAGUAGCGUCGGCAACCUGCCUUCAAUGCCGUUCGAUGGCGCAUGUCGUGGAAUGAAACUUGAGAAUGAACGCGAACAGCUGGUGAUGUUGCUGCGCACACUGCUUGCUGAAGCAGUGAACAAUAGGGAACAAAGUCUUGUGGCUCACACCAGAGAAGUGAUGCGAUGUUUGCAAAUUUUCGACAAUAAAGGGAUUCGCAAACUGUUGCGUACAUUGCGGGAAGAGAAUCGGAAGCGCUCAUCAUAUUUACUUUAUCUGCAGCAGUCGAGGAUAACGCUUCUACGCUUGACGAAUUACAUUGAAAAGCUUUCUCUGAGAACCCAACGGGAGAAAGCAGUGGUUGAAGAAUGCCUCGUGGAAGUUCUGGUCCGGUUUUAUUUAGAAAAUAAGGAUCAACAAAUGAAGCGUUUUCUGCAAGAAUUUGUAAUUCUCAAUGCACAGGAUGAAAAGACGGAUUGUCUCCUGCGGACUUUAACAGGAAUGUAUACUCGUUUGCCUGUUUCGUCUAUGUGGCAGGCGGCUCCUGCUCAUUUAAUUGCUUAUGCUCGAAAAACUAUCGAGCGAGUGUUUAUGGCUCAAAUUCAUGCAUUGGCAUUUUAUCCCAAUUUGGAUGCUGAUCGACACCGUGACGAGUUGUUCUCAAAAUCCCUCGCACGUCUAUCCAAAUCAAUCCAUCCAGGUCAUCCUAUGUUGAGAAUUCCCAGUGUUCUUCAUGGUGAGGCGCCUUGGCCAUCAGCUCAAGCAGAGAUCAGUAUUAUUAAUGCUUACAAGUCUGCUAGAGAUAAACUGGCAUGUGUUGUGAGGUGUUGUGAAACGAUUAGCAAUCUUAUUUCAAUGGCACCUGGUAUGGGAGCAGCAGCGGCGGAUGAUGUCACUCCAGUACUUGUCUAUGUACUUAUUCAGGUACGUGUUUUUCAGGUCAAUAGUAGUUGA